CGGGAAUUUGAGUCAAGGUCAUUAGUAUUACGUCUUCAUUCUUUCGUUUUAUAGGUAUAAUUGUAGGUUGCCCUUUUUCCGUAAGUACUUUCGUGUACUUCGAAUAGCAGCACAAGUUACUACUCACCACUUCUUCAAUGCAUAUUAUUGUAGCUGAUCGAACUGCUGUUGCUCAACGAUAGUACUUCUUUUAGGGUUCAUUAAAGAGUCUUGUGAAAGUAGAAUAAAAUUCGGACUGUCGCUGGCCGGACGCUAUACUAUUCGUGUGUUUUUCGUCCGUAAUAUUUUUGAACAGUGAACACAUCUAUUUCACAGAAUAGCUGAAGAAAGAUGAGCGUGCUUCUGUUUAUCCCAAAUAUACUUGGUUACAUACGAAUCGUACUUCUGUUUCAAGCAUGUUAUUUUAUGAAAACUAAUUGUGAGCUAACUCUUCUGACGUACAUCAUUUCGUGUCUAUUGGAUGCGGUAGAUGGUUGUGCUGCACGCGCGCUAAACCAAAGUACGAAAUUUGGUGCUAUGUUGGACAUGAUUGUUGACCGAUGCUCGACAAUGUGUUUAUUGGCUUGUCUUACUUAUUUUUAUCCAUCAUACAUGCUUUUUUUUCAAUUCAGUAUGAUUGUGGACAUAGCUAGCCAUUGGUUACAUUUACACAGUUCUGUUUUAUCGGGAAAAUCAAGUCAUAAAUUUAUAGAUCUUAAAGCAAAUCGAUUUCUCAAAUUGUACUAUACAAAUAGGGUCAUUCUUUUCUUGAUGUGUGCAGGAAAUGAGCUUUUCUAUACAACGCUCUAUAUAUACCAUUUCUAUACUGGACCAAAAAGUAAGUCUACACAUUUCAUUUUUCGUGUUAUACCGUAAGAUCAUACAGCUAUAGACAGUCAAUGGUUUGUCUAUUCGCCAGAUAAAGCUUGAAUUCUAGCUCAUCAUUUAUGUACCAAUUUUGCUGAUUUUAAGUCUUUAAGCGUUCUCUGGAACGAAAUCACAACCCAUUUAAAACCAGUCAUAAAGAGUACAGGCUGGUUCUUCAAUUUGGUCAACGGAAAUAUCCAUGGCUAUUAUGAUUACCGCUUGAAAAAUGGGUUUGUGAAAAGCUAGAAAUGGAAAUUGUUGUAUUUAAGCUCAGUCCAGUUGUCGUUGACAACCAUUUGUUUGCUGUACAUCAAUCUGUAAAACAAAUCAUUUAAUUAUAUUAACGCUGCAUAUAACUGACUGACUGGCAGUUAACGUUCUCCCAGUAUUUGCUUCGGGAUUAUGGGGCAUAGUGAUUUGUUUAACAGCACCAAUAGCAUUUCUGAAAAUGUUGAUUAGCCUCAUUCAGCUUCAUGCAGCUUGUAUGAACAUGGUUUCACUGGAUGAACUAGAAAGAUCUCAGAAUAAAGCAGAUUAGUUACGUCUGCUGUUGUUAAUUCGAAAGAACGAGGUAUAUAUGUAUGACUAAAUAAAUACUAUUCCAGUUAAUAUAUGUCUAUAACAUUCCGUGUUUGAAGUAACCUGAGUAAUUUUUAAGUACAUUAUUUUGUGUUGUAAGUCCCCUUGUAAUGUUUUUAUGAAUACUAAAAAGAUAACAAAUUUGUAAAACUGGUUCGAUGUUAAACUACUUUGCAUUCUCAAACUCAUUCAUACUUUCAAUCAAUAUAACAGAACUGCUUAUUUUCCCCUCGUAUAUUUGCUCUUACUGUUUGCUUGUUAUUUGCGUUGUUUUUAUUUUUGCAUUUCCUAUUUAUCUAUCAUCAUGUUAAUUCUAUUUUCUCUAAACUUUUGAACACAUUAAUUUUACUAUUAUUUGUAAUGUAUUACACAUGUCAUACCUAAUUUCAGUUAUGAAUUUUAUUCUUCACAUAAUGUUGUGUAGUUUACAAGUUUUCUAUCUCAACAAGUGCUUUACGUUGUAUUUAAUUUUAUUGUCCGUGAUAUAUUACAGCCUAAUAUUCUA